AUGAGUGGCGUACACCGCGUCCGACAUAUUGAGGAGACGGCAGGUCUCCUGCAGGCGGGGAGGUACGGCUCAUUCAUGCAGGAGACCGACGCCCGACGUCCGCUAACUAUUUACUGGGGUAAAGGAAAAACCACAUCAGGUUAUGGCACUUAUGGAUACGGGGCAGAAGUUACUUUAAUUCACGGGAAUCCACAUAACUUCGGACCAAUUGUUAAUGUAAACGGAUACGGAGGCAGUAUCCAGGCGAAACUAAUCACAGUACACUUAGCAAUAGGAAAGUCACCCUCUUUUAAAGCUAAGGUGCUUGUCUCAGAAUUGCCUGAAUAUAUUCUGGGGAUAGAUAUUCUUACAGGAAAGUCAUUCCAAACAGAAUGGGGAACAUUUUCUUUUGGGAUUCGUAAUGUCAUGUGUAGAAUAGUAAAAGCAAUAGUAAGAGGAAAGGCAAAAUGGACCCCUUUAGAAAUUCCAGUCCCUGACACACCUGUAAAUUUAAAACAGUAUCGUUUGCCAGGAGGUUUGCAAGAAAUAGGAGAAACAGUGGAAGAGUUAUUGCGGGUAGGAAUUAUUCGACCUGCAGUUAGCCCUUUCAAUUCUCCAGUGUGGCCAGUCAGAAAACCGGAUGGUUCAUGGAGAAUGACAAUCGAUUACAGAGGUCUAAAUGCUAAAGCACCACAAUUGACUGCUGCAGUUCCUGAUAUUGUGACCAUCAUAGAAGACAUCAUGGCUAAUGCAGGAGAGUGGCAUGCUGUCAUAGACCUGGCUAAUGCGUUUUUCUCUAUUCCAAUUGCAACCCAAAGUCAAGAUCAGUUUGCAUUUACAUGGAAGGACAGACAGUACACCUUUCAAGUACUGCCACAGGGAUACCUACACAGCCCUACUUUGUGCCAUGGACUUGUAGCAAGAGAUCUGGCUACCUGCUCAGAUUUGGAAAAGGUACGAUGUUUCCAUUAUGUGGAUGAUAUAAUGUUAACUGGGGAUGAAGCAUCAGUAACAAAGGCAUUGCCAGUUUUAAUAUCCCACAUGGAGAGCAGAGGAUGGGCUAUCAAUAAAGACAAAAUCCAAGGACCCGCCAGAGAAGUUAAAUUCCUGGGCAUGAUGUGGUUUGGACCAGAAAAACGAGUGCCCCAAAAAGUAAUAGACUCUUUGCAGAAAUUAAAGGCACCAACUAACAAAAAAGAAGCUCAAUCCUUUGUGGGUUUAAUGGGCUUUUGGAGAGCAUUUGUGCCACAUUUGGGACUAAUUUUAAGACCUAUACAUGAUGUUGUCAAGAAAAAGGCACAGUUUGAAUGGACAGAAAAACAACAAGCUGCUUUUGAGGCAGCUAAAGAAGCUUUAGUCCAACACCAAGGACUGGGACCUUUAAAAGCUAAUUUGCCUUUUGAACUGGAAGCCACAGAACAGAAUAAUAUUGCUACGUGGAGCCUUUGGCAAAAACAUAAUCAAAAACGUGUGCCCAUCGGCUUCUGGAGUCGACAACUGACAGGCUCACAGACUAAAUAUACACCACUUGAAAAACAGCUUCUUACAGCAUACUGGGCUCUUUUACACACUGAAAGACAGACAGGUCCUGCUCCGGUAAAGCUACGUACUAACUUGCCCAUUGCUGGGUGGGUUAGAGAUAAUGGCCUGGGAGCGAGAGCAGGCGCUGCCCAAAAUCAGACUUUAUGCAAGUGGAAAUGGUAUUUACAAGCCAGAGCACACUUUGAAGGCAAAGACACGAGUGCCUUACAAGGGGCUAUGGCCGGAGCUGUGAUUUAUGAGGAUCCAGAGGACAUACCACCUGUUGUGCCUGUAGUGGAGUCGCCCUUUAAAGAAGCACCAGCAUACAGUCAUUUGACACCAGCGCAACAGGAGAACAGCUGGUUCACAGACGGGUCAGCAACUAUGGAAGGAGGAAAAAGGCUUUGGAGAGCAGUGGCUUAUCAACCUCACACUGAGACCAUCCUGAAGCAACAGGGGAAGAUUAUCCUCACGUGUGGAAUAAUCGGGAUAGAUGGUUUCUGGACCGGAUGGAGUCGAUGCACCCCCUAUAACAAAGUCUUUUGGGCUGCUGCUACGCCAGAAAUGGAAAGGCAUGUAACCUUGAACUUCACCCUUACCAAGAACUGUACCUGGCAGUUACGAGACAAGACAUCUACGCCUCCAUUUCACAUGAAACUGGAAUAUCCUGACCUGUUACCUUUACCUGUGAGGACCUAUGAAGACACUGAAAUAACUGUGACUGUGCAUAAUAACGCAUCUGUCUGGUUGGCUAUGAUGAACUGUAAACCUGAUUCUAAUGGACUAUCAUGUUGGACAAUUGAAGGGGGGCAACAAAUGACUGCAAUAUCAACACCCGAAAAUGAUCCCAAGGCACCAUGGAUCCUUGCUGCUAACAGGAAAAAGCAGGGAUCCAGAGCUGGUCAAGAGCUUGAGAGCCCGAUCAAACCUGGGGACCAAAUUUACCUGAAGGUGUUCGAAGGAGGUGAAAUGAGCCAAGGCAAGAGGGACCGUGAUACCAUGGUGCGAGCUACCCAGAUGGCUGUGCAGGUGGAGGGAAGCACGACUUGGUACCACCUUAACCAUUGCACCAGAGUUCCGGACCAGCCUAAAACCAUCAAGAUGACACUGUUUCAGACGUUAGAGGAGACGUGGCUGUGGAAGGACCCUGAACAAGCUGCAUAUCACCUGAUGUCAGUCUGUAUAAACAGGCAGAUUAAGGUCCUGGUUGUCCACCUGUAUUACAGACCUAAGCAGCAGGUGGAAAUUGUGAGUUCUAAAUCUGACAUCAUCUUGGAGCCUGAUGGGGGUCAAAAGGAAGUGGAGAAAGUAGAGAAGGAGUGA